GGGCGGUGAAAGCGUCGCAUCUGUUGGUAUCCGAGGCUGCGGGAGGAGAGGCCGAGGCCUGGCCGGGAUUCUGGACGCUGAACCUGCCGCCGCUACAAAUCCUGGGAGUGGGAACGAAGGGUGCAAAACGGGGUCACUUACUGGCGGUGGGCACGGGGCCCUGACAGCCUUUUCGCGGAGGUGCAGCGCCCUAGUAGCUGUGCCGCGGGGGGCCUUGGGUCCACUCAGACCACCGGGACUGCGCCGUGGCCCAGGAGCUGGAGGGAAGGUGUGGCGCGGGCUCUGGCCGCCGACCUCGCAGCUCGGCCGAGGCCCCCGUCUCAGCCCAGUUUCGUCUUUUCCGCUCUUCUGCAGGCUCGCUUCCGGCGUCAUGGCUCAAAGGGCCUUCCCGAAUCCUUAUGCCGAUUUUAACAAAUCCCUGGCCGAAGGCUACUUUGAUUCUGCCGGGAGGCUGACUCCUGAGUUCUCACAACGUUUAAACAAUAAGAUUCGAGAGCUGCUUCAGCAAAUGGAGCGGGGCCUAAAGUCGGCAGACCCUCGGGAUAGCACUGCUUACACUGGCUGGGCAGGUAUCGCUCUGCUUUACUUACAUCUCUAUGAUGUGUUCGGGGACCCCGCUUACCUCCAGAUGGCACAUGGCUAUGUAAAGCAAAGUCUGAACAGUCUGAGCAAGCGGUCCAUCACCUUCCUCUGCGGGGAUGCAGGCCCCCUGGCUGUGGGCGCUGUCGUGUACCACAAGAUGAACAAUGAGAAGCAGGCAGAAGACUGCAUCACCCGGCUAAUUCACCUAAAUAAGAUUGACCUUCAUGCUCCAAAUGAAGUGCUCUAUGGACGAAUGGGCUACAUCUAUGCUCUUCUCUUUGUGAAUAAGAACUUCGGCGUGGAAAAGAUUCCUCAAAGCCAUAUUCAGCAGAUUUGUGAAACAGUCUUAACCUCUGGAGAAACCCUAGCCAGAAAGAGAAACUUCACAGCAAAGACUCCACUGAUGUAUGAGUGGUACCAAGAAUAUUACGUGGGGGCCGCUCAUGGCCUGGCAGGAAUUUAUUACUUCCUGAUGCAGCCCAGCCUUCAAGUCAACCAUGUGAAGUUACAAAAUUUGGUCAAGCCCAGUGUAGAUUAUGUCUGCCAGCUGAAAUUUCCUUCCGGCAAUUACCCUCCUUGUGUGGAUGAUAAUCGAGAUCUUCUAGUCCAUUGGUGUCACGGUUCACCUGGAGUUAUCUACAUGCUCAUCCAGGCCUAUAAGGUGUUCCGAGAGGAACGGUAUCUCAACGACGCCUACCAGUGUGGUGACCUGAUCUGGCAGUACGGGCUGCUAAGGAAGGGCUAUGGCCUGUGCCAUGGCACUGCGGGGAACGCCUAUGCCUUUCUCACACUCUAUAACCUCACUCAGGACAAGAAGUACCUGUACAGAGCCUGUAAGUUUGCUGAGUGGUGCUUAGAUUACGGAGAACACGGUUGCAGGACGCCGGACACCCCCUUCUCCCUCUUCGAAGGAAUGGCUGGAACAAUCUAUUUCCUGGCUGACCUCCUCGUGCCCACAAAAGCCAGGUUCCCUGCGUUUGAACUAUAAAAGGAAAACCUGCCCCCUGCAACCCAUUGCAUGACUUUUUCUGUAUAUCAAACCUGGCCUGAGUGCUUCCAUUGCUUUUCAAGGAAACAGAGUCAAACCGUGUACUCCAUUUACUUGAGUUGGGUUUUUUCGUUGGUUUUUUUUUUUUUCAGAACUUGUCUUCAGUUCCUUUUGUCUGUCAUUUACUUUUACUUAAAAGUAUCCAAGGAAAUGUUUUAACUUUAACCUCAAUUUCUUCCUAAAGGUAAGGAUGAGUGUUAUGUACAGUGUUUUGAGGGCAUAGGGAUAUAUAUUUUUCAGAACUUAGAGGAGAUCUCUUACUUAAGCUUAUUGAAUAUAACUAUCUGUUGCUGUUCAAAAAAUGUUUAAAGGAAACUAAAUGUAGAUAAAGAUAAAUAUAUGGUUAUUGGCGGGUAUUGCCCUACACCUUUAUAGUAUUUUUCCUCCAGUAGUGCAGACAGUUUUAUGACUGUUUUUCUCUAGGUGGUUCAUUGUGAAGGGGAACAAAAAUAUUAACUGUAUGCUUCUGAGACAAAAGUUGUAAGAGUUGCAGACUGGUUUAAGGACCCAAAUACUGUUUUUCAAAUUCACAAUACUGGUUUAACUAGCGAUAAAGAUACUUUCAGAUCUGCUUCCUCAUGGUAGUAAAGAGUCCAGGUUCUGUAAGUCAACAUUUUUAUCAAAAAGUUCUAAAAUGCUAUGGUGGUUUUGAAAAUUCUGAUUUGAAGGUUAGUUUCAAGAUAAGCUAACAAAAAGUUUAUUAAUAGUUUUUUUCUAAAUGAAGCGAGUGUAUUUUUGAACUAUUUAUUUAAAUUUGUUUGUUCUUUGGAAUUAGUGUAAGAUCGGGAGACGGAGUUUCCUGUUCGUGAAUGUGAUUUGGGGUUUCAGUCCACCCUGUCCACCCGACCUUCUAAACUUUGACCCGUGCUUUACUUCCUUGGCAAUGACUGUGCUUUCAGUGCUCUCUCUUUGGUACAAGCCGUAAGAUAUUUCCCUUCUUUUCAGUCUCUCUGGAUGUUUGUUUUUUCACUAAGUAGUACAGUGCUUCUGCAUCUCUUUUAAAGGGGAAGGAGGGCUCCGUAGCCAAUAACUUGAGCCAAAACACUAAGCUUUCCGUAGAAAUGCUGUUUACUUAGGAGGUAUUAGCCAGUGAAAAUGUUUAGAACAAAUAGAUCCUAUCUCUCUGCGUUUCCUAGGCUUAACUUCCUCAGUUUCUGAGCCCUCGGGCUCCGGUAUUUAUAUGGUAGCUGAGGGACGCCUGGUGCUUCCGUUCUGUAUAAAGGUCCGGCUCCUCAGCUUCCCCUCCCCUUCCUUCCUUCGCUGCCUUUCCCAGGCUGGUUUCAUCCUUUCUGUCUAUUUCAGCUGAUUUUAGAACAUUUUGCAGCUUUGCAAAACAGGGUCUAAGAAUUUUAAAUGUGCCUAUUUCAUGGCCUUCUCGGUCUCAAAAGCAUGCUAUUUUUAUUUUAACUUUGAACCAAAUCCCACUGGGUAUAUGUUGGUUCCUAUGGAUAAUAGUCCCAUAUUAUUUCAUAAUCAGCACCAAAAUAGUUUAUAUUAUUGGAAAUUUCUGACCUUUUUAAGGCUACCAACAGAAGGAUCUGAAAAAAACAGCCCACUGCUCAGUUCCUAGGAUCAGCUUAUUCGUCUGUGACUCGCACCAGUUGGGCAAACCUUGUGCCUCUCAGAUGUCGGAAGUGCUGGUCAGCUGUGCCUUUCUUCCAGACAUUUCCGAUGAGCAGUGGUGGCAUUUAUAGUAAAGCUAAUUUGCCUUGGGCUGGGUGUCCAACAUGAAAGAAUAAAACCCAUUUAGUUUAGUUAAAUGUCUUAAUUAUGCUGUGCCUGUACUUUUAGCUACUAUAAUUACUAACCAAGGGAAAGAGGCAAAACACACUUUCUCUUAGCCAGAGGAAACUUAAUCACAGUGCAUCUCCAAACAUCGUGAUUAAUUGAACCCAGGGAAGACUUCAAGGCAGCAAGAAGAACAUUUUGAAUAAGAUUCUUGUUAAUACUUACAUGGCAAUUUAACUACUGCCACCCAUCCGUUAACAAACUCAUCAAUACAAACACAAUUCAGGUUUCAUUUUUUUUUAUUUAGCUUUUUAGGACUUAUUAAACUGGCAGAAUUUUCUGUUCAUGCCAUUGUUUUCUUUAUAGUUAAGAGGUAAGAAAAUUUGAUAGGCUUUUAAACUCAAGCAAAACCUAUAAAAUUAAGACCAAUUCCCUAACACCAUGAUGGAAACUGAGAAACUUUUAUGCCAGUUUUCUUAGUUUUAAAAGGAAGUGGCAUCAUUGCAGUUAUAUUUCUGUUAUAUCAUUCUCCCUCAGCUAUUUUCAUCUUCUUCUUCUUCUUUUUUUUUUUUUUUUUUUUUUUUUUGAUUAAAAAAUCCUUCGCAAAAGUUGCUUCCCCAGAAAACUCCAUAGUAUCUCUUCUCUCCCCAUGCAAAGACUAGGAGUAAAACCUUAGACGUUUGUGAGCCGUGUUCAUCUAUCCCGCCAUGUGUUUCUGCUCCCGUAGUGAGGACGCAUUACAGAAGUUAACUUUUCAUCAUGUCAAUAGUGUGAACGUUAUCUCAGCCAUUUCCAUCUGUCCCAUUGAGCUUUGGUCUUUCAUCCUUAGAGUGACUGGUUUCCUUCUCAUUUUUGGUGUCAGUUCUGAUUAUUUGACAUCAAAAGCCUUUGUGGUAGGAAGAGUUUGAGGUAAAAGAGGGUCCACAACCACUUUAUCUUCUCAUUGCCACUUCCCUGCAUAACUGAAUUGAAAGACAUACUCGGCUCCUAUGUCCCCAGGUUCAUUUAUGUCUGAUCUUACAGUGACCUGCCUUCUGCUAGCUGAUCGGAAAUACAGAAUGUGGAGAGUGAACAUUUAUUCAUCUACUCCUUUGGCUGCUGGAACUGAUCUGCAGUCCUCUAUUACUCAUACUGAUUUCUGAUUCCACUUCUGCUUCCCCUAAAUAGGUCAGAGCCUCCCAUUUGCCUAUUGCUGAGCUGUAGAAAGAACUGUUUCCCUCCUGUAGGUAUAAACAGUGUUGGGGAUAUUCAGGGAACCCACCCCCACAUUAUAUUGCCAUUUACUGGGAAGGGUUGGGAUCAUAAGUAUUUCUAUGUUCUGCAAAGGAGUUCACUUAGUGGUUCUCAAUAAAAUUUUGUUAGGACUCUA